CACCACAACAAUAGCAGCGCCAAAACAACACUCAAGUACUCAACAGAUUCUAUCAGAUUCUAUCACUCUUAUCAAAAUGACAAACAACCCAAACCCCGGAAACUUUGCCAACCGCCCCAAGGAAGAGGUCCGUGCAAUUGCCCAAAAGGGUGGUCAAGCCAGCCACUCUGGAGGAUUUGCGUCCAUGGACGCUGAGAAGCAGCACGAGAUCGCGUCCAAGGGUGGCCAUGCUUCGUCGGGCAAGUUCGAGCCUGGUAGCGAGAGGGCUCGCGAGGCAGGCAGGAAGGGUGGCCAUGCCAGCGGAGGCGGCGGCACCCGCAACGACGAUGAAGCCGAUGAAGCCGAUUUUACUCAGGAAAGCAACACCCAGUAAACGUUCGAUGGUUGUACACGACGACGAUGCCACUAGUUUGCUGAGGAUAUCAAAAGCAUGUAUAUAGUCCCGUCCCAACCUCACUCAAGCUAUCCCGUCCCAACCUCACUCAGUUAUCUCGCUCAGCUAUCCCAACCCAACCUCACUCAGCUAUCCCGAAACACAAAAAUAAGACCCAAUUUUACUCACUCCAUUUGAG